AGAUGGCGGCGUGUGGACGUGGGAGCUCGGUGUUGGCGGCGGCGGCUGCUGAUGGCCGGCGAUGGCUGCGGGCCCUGCAUUGUAUGCGGGCGGCGGCGAUGGCGCUUAUUCUUCUCUGUCCCUGCGUCUGCAAUGCGGAAGGGCAGGCGAUGUCGGAUCAUUUACCGGAGUCGAGGCAGAUAGAAGUGGGGAAUCGGGCCCCGGUGCAGCAGCAGCAGCCGCCGCAGGGCCCGGGGCAGUCCCAGGGCCUCCCGUUCCAACCUCCGGGCCGGCCUGUGUUCCAGCCCCCGCGGAAGAACAUCUGGCGGAUUUCGGAGGACCCGGCGUGUCACGAAGAUGUGGUCCGCAUCUGCCCCAAACACACCUGGCAGAACAAUUUUGCAGUGCUCGAGUGCUUGCAGGACGUGAGGGAGGCAGAUGACGAAAUUUCCUCUGACUGCAACCAUCUGUUGUGGAACUAUAAAUUUAACCUGACAACUGACCCUAAAUUUGAAGCUGCAGCAGGCGAAGUUUGCAAAACUACCCUGAGUGAAGUGAAGGAGUGUGCUGAGCAAGAACCAGGAAAAGGCUAUGUAAUUUCCUGCUUGAUUGAGCAUCGUACAAACAUAACUGAAUACCAGUGUCGUCAGUUCAUAACCAAAAUGACAGCUAUCAUCUUCAGUGAUUACCAACUCAUCUGUGGCUUUAUGGACAGUUGCAAGAAUGACAUCAACCAACUCAAAUGUGGAAGCAUUCGGCCUGGUGAAAAGGAUGUACAUUCACAGGGGGAGGUGGUAUCCUGUUUGGAAAAGGCCUUAGUUAAUGAAGAAAAGGUGAUUUCUGAAAACUGUAAGAAGGCCAUCCUGCGUGUAGCAGAACUAUCCUCUGAUGACUUCCACCUGGACAGACACCUGUACCUUGCCUGCAGAGAUGAUCGGGAACGAUUCUGUGAAGAUAUUCAGGGUGGUGAGGGGCGAGUGUACAAGUGCCUUUUCAACCACAAGUUUGAAGAUGCAAUGAGUGAUCAGUGUCGUGAGGCACUUACAACAAGACAGAAGCUAAUUGCUCAGGAUUACAAAGUGAGUUACUCCCUGGCCAAGGCGUGCAAGACUGACCUCCGGAAAUAUCGGUGCAACGCAGAGAACUUGCCGCGUGCCCGUGAGGCUCGACUCUCCUACUUGCUGCUCUGUCUGGAAUCUUCUGUGCACCGGGGUCGACAGGUGAGCGGUGAGUGCCAGGGAGAAAUGCUGGAUUACCGCAGAAUGCUGAUGGAGGAUUUCUCACUAAGCCCAGAGAUUGUUCUUAAUUGUCGCACUGAGAUUGAACUCCACUGUUCAGGGCUGCACCGAAAGGGACGGACGUUGCACUGCCUGAUGAGGCUAGGGCGAGGGGACAAGGGCAGUUUGGGGCAGAACUGCCAGCAGGCGCUUCAGACCCUAAUUCAAGAAACGGACCCUGGUGCAGACUACCGCAUUGAUCGAGCAUUGAAUGAAGCCUGUGAGUCAGUCAUCCAAACAGCUUGCAAACACAUCCGCAAUGGAGAUCCCAUGAUCCUCUCGUGUCUGAUGGAGCAUCUGUACACAGAAAAGAUGGUGGAGGAGUGUGAGCAUCGCCUACUUGAGUUGCAGUACUUCAUUUCCCGUGACUGGAAGCUGGAUCCUGUUCUUUAUCGUAAGUGCCAGGGUGAUGCUUCAAGGCUGUGCCACACCCAGGGUUGGAAUCAAACUAGCGAGAUGCUACCCCCUGGAGCAGUAUUUUCUUGCCUGUAUCGUCACGCCUAUCGUACAGAGGAGCAAGGUCGCAGGUUAUCCAGAGACUGCAGAGCAGAGAUUCACGGAUUCUUCAUCAACGAAGCCUUGGAUGUGAAGUUGGAGCCUGGAUUACAAGAGCGCUGCAUAAUAGACCUUGGCAAAUGGUGCAGUGAGAAGACAGAAUCCUGGACCAGUUACUUCAUGUUUGCCAUGAAAGGAGCUGAGUGUCUCCAGGACCAUCUUGACGACUUGGCAGUAGAUUGCAGGGUUGUGGGUAACUUGACAGAGCUGGAAUCAGAGGAUAUUCAGAUUGAAGCACUGCUGAUGAGAGCCUGUGAUCCUGUUAUUCAGAUAUAUUGUCAUGAGUUAGCAGAUAAUCAGAUUGAUAGUGGGGACCUGAUGGAGUGCCUGGUUCAAAAUAAACACCAGAAGGAGAUGAACGAGAAGUGUGCUGUUGGAGUCACACAUUUCCAAUUGAUUCAAAUGAAAGAUUUCCGUUUCUCAUACAAGUUUAAGAUGGCAUGUAAAGAAGAUGUAUUGAAGUUGUGCCCAAACAUCAAGAAAAAAGUGGAUGUUGUGUUCUGUCUGAGCACCACAGUACGAAAUGACACACUCCAGGACAACAAGGAACAACGCGUCUCCAUUAAAUGCCGGAAACAGUUGCGUGUGGAAGAAUUAGAAAUGACUGAGGACAUUCGCUUAGAGCCUGAGCUCUAUGUGUCCUGCAAAACGGACAUUGAAAAGUACUGUCAGAAUGUUCCAUUCGGGAAUGCACAGGUAGUUGAGUGUCUAAAAGAUGCCAAGAAGUUUCUGUCCAACCGCUGUCAUGACAAAAUCUUCAAACUACAGGAGACAGAAAUGAGUGACCCUGAGCUGGACUAUACCCUCAUGAGAGUCUGCAAACAAAUGAUUAAGCGUUAUUGUGCUGAUGCUGAUUCAAAGAACGUGCUCCAAUGCCUGAAGCAGAAUAAGAACGCUGAACUUAUGGACCCCAAAUGCAAGCAGAUGAUCACCAAACGGCAAAUCACACAGAACACAGAUUACCGUUUAAAUCCAGUCCUGAGGAAAGCUUGCAAAGCUGAUAUCCCUAAAUUCUGCCAAUCCGUUUUGAACACCGUAAAAGAUGGCAAAGAACUGGAGGGUCAGGUUGUUUCCUGUCUGAAAAUGAAAUACGCUGACCAGCGUUUGUCUUCAGAUUGUGAAGAUCAGAUCCGUGUAAUUAUCCAGGAGUCAGCUCUGGACUACAGGCUGGACCCUCAGCUGCAGAUACACUGCACUAAAGAGAUUAACACAUUGUGCGCAGAGGAAGCGGCUGCACAAGAACAGACUGGCCAGGUAGAGGAAUGUCUGAAAAUCAACCUGCUGAAGAUUACAGGAGAUGCCUGCAAAAGGGAGGUGCUGAACAUGUUGCAAGAGAGCAAAGCCGACAUCUUUGUGGACCCUGUGCUUCAUGCAGCCUGCGGCCUAGAUAUCAGACACCAUUGUGCUUCCAUCCUUCCUGGCAAAGGACGCCAAAUGUCAUGUUUGCUUGAAGCACUGGAAGAUAAAACAGUGAGAUUGCAACCAGACUGCAAAAAGAGAUUACAAGAUCGUCAGGAAAUGUGGAGUUAUGCAGCAAAGGUUGCCCCAGCUGAGGGUUUUGCAGACCUAGCCUAUCAAGUUAUGACAUCUCCAUCCAAAAAUUACCUGAUGGGCUUCUUGGCGUUGGGAGUGUGCGUCCUAUUUCUACUGGGCAUGACCUGCGGCAGGAUCACCAAACGAGUGACACGGGAGCUGAAGGAUAGGUAGAGCAUGGUCAAAGCCUGCUUUUGUACAGCCUCUGUAUAGUCUCCUUAAAUAAGGGCAGCGGACGUAAUCCAAUCCUUUACACUUGCUCUCAGUUUGUUCUGCACAGAUUUUGCCUGCAGAACAAAUGUGCGAACUAAAAGCUGCUGCUUCUGCUCCAGCAGGACUCCUCUCUUUAGUUCCCUGUAGACUUGGUUUCCAAUGUGUAUCUGAAUUGCGUUUGCCCAGAUCAGCAAGUCUUAUUGGUAGCAGUCUAAUCCAACAGAGAUUCUCACCUGUAGGAAAGUUAACUGCCACAACUGGAAUGAUUCCAAAGAAUUGCAUCAGUUCAAGUAGACUGUAGGACACUUCACAAAAGUGUCUGCUUCAACUCUUGUGGUGACUGUACAAAUCAGAUUGAUUUGCUCUUUUUUUUUGCAGAUUGUUCAUGCUUUCUUUAGGUGAUGGUGAGGAAGAGAAAAUGGGCUAUGACUCUGCCCAUUAUCCAGUCUUGUAAAUUAAAUACUGUGUGCUAGUGAUUUAAAGGGACCUGUCUGUGCAGAACAUAAAAAUUGAGCCACUCUCUAAAAUGUCCACAUGUAUUGAGGCCAAACUUAAUUCACUGUAUAUUUGAAAUGUUUGGCAUUGUGUAAAUUUGUGGUCAUUUUAAUCUGUAUGCUGUGCUUUGAUUGGCUUUCUCUUUCAGUUCCAGUUUGUGGCUUGUAGCACAUGCUCAGAGGCCUCAGUUACAGAUUUUUCCUCAUCACUUGGAGUUCAAAGGACUUAAAGGGGUUUAACCGCAAAGCUCAGUACUGCCACUCUGAGAAUGGUUUACUGUGCAUGUGUUAGUUACGUCACUUUAUGCCCCUUGACCAUUUUUGAAUUAAGACAAGGCUCAUUAAUUCAUAUGUAAUUCAUUAUAUUCGUGCACUUUUUUUAACAGCCCCAUUUUGAUCAUAUUGCUCUGAAAAAGGCUCUCUAGUGGGAACUAACCAGCCUAAAAUUAUUUAGUUUUAGAAGGAUAUAAUUUCAUGAGAUGAAUUUUCACAUACAUUUACAGCAGUGAAUUGUGUGGUUAUAUGGUAUAAACUAAGGUAGCAUAAAGUAUAAAGAAUUAAAUGUGCAUAUCAGUAUGAUGUAAAAUAUUGCUGACUUGGAAUCAAUAGAAGUAAUAUUCUGUGGCAGUACUUUUGCCCAUUUUAAAAAUUCUGUUCGAACAAUUGCCAAAAUCUGUCAGUUCUUUGAAGUCCGUUUUAUGCUGAAAGAUACUUUGUCAUGAAUGUAGUGUUAAUAAUCAGGUAAUGAACCAAAUGCUUUAAUCGGCCUCAGUCAGAUUUGACAGGAUCUCUGUUGGAUGCACCUUAAGGGUGCUACCAAUGAUUAAUACCAUUCCACAAGACUGUUGUAAAUCCCAUCAGCUGAACAAUGAUCUAAUCAGGCAAUGUACAUUUUACAUACUGAUCCCUGACUGCUAACAGAAGUAUCAUGCACAUUUAUUUUUGCCCUAUGUGUUGAAUUUUCAGCCUUAUUUAUUGUUUACUAAUAAAUUCUAGCAGGGUCACGGCCUGCAACUGUCGACUCUUUUCUGUUGCCUUCUGUUUAAAGUUCUCGUGUGGAUUUGCCUGGUCACUUUUGUGACUGCCAUCGUGGUGAGAGGGUGGCCUGCAUGUUGCAGACAUGGGAUUAUCAUUUUUUAAAUUUCCUUUGUAGGGUGUUUAAAAUUUUUAAUACAGAUUAUCUGUAGUGAAAUUGUGUACAGGGAUGCUACAAGGUAUCACUCUGUGUAUUGUACAGAGAAAACGCGAAAAGUUGUGCGUUGUUCUGCUGUAGGUGUCAAUGUCACUUUGAAGUAAAAUUUACAAACCAGGGUUUGUAAACUUUUUUCUGUGUAUAAAAUCCACUUUCUGAACGUAAAAGAUACUUGUUCCCAAUCAUGCUGUGUAAUUUGAGAUGUUAAUGAAAUCCUAACAUACAGGCUCUUUGUUCUGUACAGAAGAAAUGGCAGAAUUUAUUAAUAAAAUGGUCUGCAGGUUUUUAAACUU